AUGGACCUCAGGAGCUCUGAGGCGCUCAAAUCCUUCUCAAGCAGCAAUGGAGCACCUUCUGCGUCUCGAUCGCUGAAGAAGUUCUACAGGGGGGAGCCGAUGGCUCUGGGGAUCACUCAGCUAUUCAUCGGCAUCCUGGAAAUUGCUUUUGGGCUUGUGAUAAGCUUGGUGAGCUCUCAAAAUUUCAUUUACAUCCUUUUGCAGACACCGCAUUGGACUGGAAUCCUGUACAUUAUUUCUGGAUCCUUGUCUGUGGCGGCUGCCAGGAAGCCCAGGAUGCCCCUGGUGAAAGGCUCGCUGGCAAUGAACAUUGUGAGUGCCGUGGCAGCUGGCAUCGGGAUGGUGAUCUCCUCCAUUUCAAUGACGUUUCAAAGGCCACCAGGAAGAUACUAUUCUAGUUGUGAUUACUACCACAAUGACACCAAAAUUAUUCAAGCUUGCCACGAAUACAGGACUGUCCCUUACCAUACUUUGUAUAAUAUAGUGGCCUUGCUUCUCACGCUCACCGUCCUAGAGUUCGUCAUCGCCAUCGUCUCUGCUGCCUUUGGGUGCGCCAGCGUGUGUCGGAACACCUACAGCGAAACGACUAUAGUGAUUUUUCAGAACACUGCCGAGGCAAGCCCUCCUCCUCUGCCAGCUUCUUAA